GUUCACAAAUUUUUGGUGCGGAUAUUCCUUAUAAUCCAGCUAAGACUAUAUGGCCUGAGACUGUCAAGCUUCACAAUAUGUCCACAGAGAAAAUAGAUUCAAAUAUCGAUAAAUUUACAAAAAUGAUCAAUGACACCAAACCUUCCAUACAGAAGAAAUCAGUAUUUGAUAAAGCGACAUUUACAAAAGGAUUGAAAGAAUGUUACAAAGAAUAUAGUAUAGAAAUGUCACAUGCGGAUUUUAUGAAGAUAAUAAUAGAUAAGUUAAAAACUUCUCAAAAUAUACAAACAGAAUUGUUCGAUAUGUUAGGCUGUGAACAUUUAGAAUUUAUCGAAUAUAUUAUUGAACACCAAAAGAGUAUCGUAUCGACAUAUUCAUGUCCAAAAGUAAUCAAAAGACCGCAAACUAUUACAACUAUGCAGCAAGGACCUAUAAUCAGUGGCCAAGUGACUGUACAAUCCGAAGUAGAAAAACAGUUGUGCAAGCAGGUACGCAAGGAGGAAAAAAAAUUUAAUAGAAUGGCGAGCAAGCGAGACGCUAAAUUGGAAGCCGAGGAGGGAGAAUUUGAGCCACUCGAACUGCAAGUUAAGAGACAUGAGGUAUUUAAGGCUAUGCACACCCCACUAUUUUCUAAAAAAAGUAUUCUAGAGAGAGGGACACAGGAACAGUUUCCAUUUGUAUUUGAUUCUAAAGCAAGCGUUAAGCGAGAGAACGUUAUAUCGGGGCAAAAGUUAUUGUUAGCCGAAGAUGUUAGGAGAAAUGAUAGCGAACGUUGGGAAGAAGUGCACAUACCAAUAUCCAAACAAGAGACUAUUGACAUCAACAUAGAGUCUGUAUUAAUAUCUUCUCUGGACGAGAUCGGUCAAAUGGCUUUCAAUGGCAUAACGUCGUUAAACAGGAUUCAAAGCAUAGUGUUUGAUGCUGCAUACAAUACCAACGAAAACCUAUUGAUUUGUGCUCCAACUGGAGCAGGAAAGACAAAUGUGGCUAUGUUGACUGUGGUGCAUCAAUUGAAACAAAACAUCCAAGAUGGGCAAUUGCAGAAAAGUCAAUUUAAGAUAAUAUAUAUUGCGCCCAUGAAAGCUCUAGCGGCAGAAAUGACUAGCAACUUUAACCAAAAACUUGGCUCUCUGGGUGUAUGUGUUCGCGAGCUGACUGGCGAUAUGCAACUGACGAAACAAGAAAUCCAAGAGACUCAGAUGAUAGUGACCACACCGGAAAAGUGGGAUGUUGUCACGAGAAAAGGUACGGGUGAUAUCUGUCUUACUAGUAUUGUGAGAUUGCUCAUCAUUGACGAAGUACACUUGCUGCAUGGGGACAGAGGACCCGUGGUGGAGGCAUUGGUCGCGAGAACUCUACGUCAAGUGGAGUCAUCGCAGAGCAUGAUUAGGAUAGUUGGAUUGUCGGCUACUCUGCCGAAUUAUGUGGACGUUGCGCGAUUUUUGCGCGUCAAUCCACGCAAGGGAUUGUUUUAUUUUGAUCAUCGUUUCCGACCGGUGCCUCUCAGUCAGACCUUCAUCGGCGUGAAGGCUAUUAAACCGCUACAACAAAUGACCGACAUGGAUCUCGCGUGUUACGAAAACGUUAUAGAAAUGGUGCGUCAGGGGCAUCAGGUCAUGGUGUUUGUACACGCGCGAAACGCCACUGUGAGGAUGGCGAAUGUUUUGAAGGAGCUGGCAUUAAAGAACGACACGCUCAAGUAUUUUAUAUCUGACGGACAGACGAAACACAUAAACAAGGCUUUCGCUAAGUCACGCAACAAGUAUCUCGGCGAGUUGUUCAACAGCGGACUGUCGGUACAUCAUGCUGGCUUGUUGCGCUCUGACAGAAAUCUAGUUGAGAAAUAUUUUAGCGACGGUCUAAUCAAAGUACUGGUAUGCACCGCAACGCUAGCGUGGGGCGUAAAUUUACCUGCGCAUGCAGUUGUCAUACGAGGAACCGAGAUCUACGAUUCGAAGCAUGGUUCGUUCGUAGAUCUGGGCAUUCUGGAUGUAUUACAGAUCUUCGGUCGCGCCGGCAGGCCGCAAUUCGACAAGUCGGGACACGCAGUCAUCAUCACGUCACACAACAAGCUGUCUCACUAUCUAUCGUUGCUGACGAAUCAAAUACCAAUCGAAAGUAGUUUUAUUACAUAUUUGGCCGACAAUUUAAAUGCCGAGAUAGCGUUAGGUACGAUAUCGAAUGUGACGGAAGCGGUCGAAUGGUUGAGCUACACCUAUCUCUUUGUACGAAUGAAACUAAACUUUCAGGCGUAUGGUAUGGUCUAUCAAGAUCUUAUGGAUGAUUUUAAUCUUGAAAAAAGGCGAAAGGAACUUAUUGAUGUUGCCGCCAAGUCAUUGGAUAAAGCGCAGAUGAUCAGAUACGAUGGACGCACCGGCGAUCUUAACACGACUGAUUUGGGACGUAUCGCAAGUCAUUAUUAUCUCAAGUACGACACAGUCGAGAUUUUCAACGAACUUCAGAAGCCUAUCAUGACUGAGACGGAGAUUCUAGCAAUGAUAUCGCGCGCUCAGGAAUUCGAGCAGCUUAAGGUACGAGACGACGAGAUGAACGAGCUGGACGAGCUGAUGCAGGAAUGCGAGCUCAUACCACAGGGUGGAGUGGAAAAUGUUCACGGUAAGGUCAAUAUACUGCUACAAACAUAUCUGUCCAGAGGUCGAGUAAACACGGCUUCGUUAAUAUCCGAUCAGGCAUAUGUGACGCAAAACGCCGUGCGGAUAGCCAGGGCGCUUUUCGAAAUCAUGCUCAGACGCAAUAAUGCGAUAAUGGCCGGGCGAUUGCUGCAGAUAGCAAAGAUGUUCGAGGCGCAACAAUGGGAUUUCUUGACACCCCUGCGUCAAUUCGAUUGCAUCUCCAUGGAGGUUAUCGGGAAGAUCGAGGAACGGAAUCUCGCGAUCUAUCGUUUGCAAGAAAUGGAUGUGAAGGAGAUCGGUAUUAUUUUGCGGGAUCAACGGGCGGCGGCAGUAGUAAAAAAAUGCUGCGAUGAGUUGCCCGCAUUGGAUAUGGAAUACACUUUACAACCUAUUACCCGGACCAUCCUAAGAAUACGACUCAAGUUAAUCCCGAUAUUCCGCUGGAAUGAUAAGGUUCACGGCAAGACAUCGCAAGCUUUUUGGAUAUGGAUCGAGGAUCCGGAUAGUAACUUUAUUUAUCAUCACGAAUACUUUAUACUGACGAGGAAGAUGGUUUACCAGCAUCUUGAGCAAGAACUCGUCGUGACCAUACCAUUAUCCGAGUCUUUGCCGACACAAUAUCUGGUGAGAAUUAUGAGCGAUCAUUGGCUCAGUUGCGAAACUACGUUUCCGCUGACUUUCCAUGAUCUCAUCCUACCGGAAACUCACCCACCGCAUACGGAUCUCCUGUCAUUGCAACCAUUACCAGUAACUGUCCUCAAGGAUCCAGACCUUGAGAGUCUGUACAACUUUUCUCAUUUCAAUCCGAUACAGACACAGAUCUUCCAUUGCCUCUAUCACACGGACAAUAACGUUCUCCUUGGCGCGCCGACCGGCUCGGGGAAAACGAUUGCGGCGGAGAUCGCUAUGUUUCGCGUUUUCAAACAACACCCCGAUCAAAAGAUCGUUUACAUAGCGCCUUUAAAAGCUCUAGUCAGGGAACGCAUAAACGACUGGAAGAUACGACUAGAGCAGCGAUUGGGUAAACGAGUGGUGGAGCUGACCGGAGAUGUGUCGCCCGACAUAAAGAUCAUAGCCGGUGCGAGCGUGAUCGUUACGACGCCCGAAAAAUGGGACGGUAUCAGCCGGAGCUGGCAAACGCGAAGCUAUGUAAAGAAAGUGGCGCUCAUAGUGAUCGAUGAGAUUCAUUUGCUAGGCGAGGAUCGCGGGCCGGUACUCGAGGUGAUCAUCUCCCGUACCAAUUUCAUAUCCUCGCACACGCACAAUAAAGUUAGAGUCGUGGGUCUCUCGACCGCGCUGGCCAACGCGCAAGAUCUAGCUAAUUGGCUUGGCAUCAAAGAGAUGGGUCUCUACAAUUUCCGACCGGCCGUACGACCUGUACCGCUGGAGGUUCACAUUAGUGGAUUCCCCGGCAAACAUUAUUGUCCCCGGAUGGCGACCAUGAACAGACCGACCUUUCAGGCGAUCAGGCAACACGCGCCCACCAGUCCUUCUCUCGUCUUUGUGUCUUCUCGCAGACAGACGCGCUUGACCGCACUGGAUUUGAUUGCCUAUCUCGCGGCGGAAGAUAAUCCCAAACAGUGGUUACAUAUGCCGGAAGAACAGAUGAACAAUAUUUUGGAGAAUAUAAAUGAUUCGAAUCUAAAGCUCACACUCGCCUUUGGCAUUGGCCUUCAUCAUGCCGGCCUUCAAGAUAGAGAUAGAAAAACUGUGGAGGAGCUAUUUGUCCAUAAUAAGAUACAGGUACUAAUCACUACGGCCACUUUGGCCUGGGGCGUUAAUUUCCCUGCUCAUCUAGUGGUGAUAAAGGGUACAGAAUAUUACGAUGGCAAGUUGAAGCGUUAUGUAGAUAUGCCAAUAACAGAUGUUCUCCAAAUGAUGGGUCGCGCUGGCAGACCGCAAUUCGAUAAUUCUGGUGUAGCGGUUGUUCUCGUGCACGACCUGAAGAAGAAUUUCUACAAAAAAUUUUUAUACGAACCGUUUCCCGUGGAAUCAAGUCUGAUGGAAGUGUUACCCGAUCACAUUAACGCCGAGAUUGUCGCAGGCACUAUUAAGAACAAACAAGAAUUUCUUGAUUACUUAACGUGGACAUACUAUUUUCGAAGAUUGAUGAAAAAUCCAAACUAUUAUGGUUUAGAUGUCUUGGAACCUGAAUGUAUCAACGAGUAUCUCUCGAAAUUAGUAGAAGUCACCGUAAAGUCAUUAAUGGAUUCACAUUGUAUCGAUUACGACGAGGAUGAGCAAAUUUUAAUUUCAUUGCCCAUGGGUAAGAUAGCGUCAUUUUAUUAUCUGUCGCACAAUACGAUGUUGAUGUUUACGCAAUCGUUGAAGGAAAAUUUAACCUUGGAUCAGUACUUACGUAUACUCUGCAAUUCUCACGAAUACAACGAAUUACCUGUGAGACAUAACGAAGAAUUGUUAAAUGAAGAAUUGGCGAAACUAUGCCGUUAUCCUGCCAAUGAUCAAUACGAUUCUCCAUAUACAAAAGCAUUUCUUUUGCUGCAAGCGCAUUUUUCAAGGCUGCCAUUACCUUGCACCGACUAUAUCACCGAUCUGAAAUCAGUACUCGAUCAAGCAAUCAGAAUAAUACAGGCAAUGAUUGAUACGGUCGCGGAACGCGGAUGGUUGACGAGCACAUUGAGAAUAAUACAACUGUUUCAAAUGAUCGUGCAAGCGCAAUGGAUAGAUGAAUCUGCAAUUACAACGUUACCACACAUAAGGAAAGAAGAUUUGCACUUGUUUUCAUCAUUCUCAAUAGCUCUUCCGGUAUUAUGUUCUAUUACGUUCGAUAAUUAUAAUAAACUUGCAAAGGUUUUACAAGGAAAAUAUCGGACAGAUCAAAUACGCGAGAUACAUCAAGUAAUUAAGGAUAUGCCGAGAAUAUCAAUUGAUUUAACAUUAGAAAAUUCUACAAACAUUAGAAGAGACGUUAACGUAGAGGAGAAGAUAAUGUUGAAACGUAAUAAUGAUGAUUUCAUAAAUGUUCGACGGAAUGAAGAAUAUACAUUAAUUAUUGGGUUAAAAAGAAUGAACAAUUCCAAAACUUUAAAAGCAUACUGUCCAUUGUUUUUAAAAGGAAAGGACGAAAGUUGGUUCUUGAUAUUAGGUGACAUUCAGAAGGCAGAGUUGUGGGCUUUGAAGAGGAUAUCUGGUAUAAAUAGUCAGCAGAAGUAUCAUCAAUUGCAAUUUACUACACCUAAUAGCUUAGGACCGACAAAAUUAACAUUCUAUUUGAUUUCUGACUGCUAUAUAGGAUUGGAUCAACAAUAUAGCAUAUAUCUAAACGUAACAUGCUAAAUGUUUAACAGUAAUCAAACACUUAAAACUGAAUAAGUUGUAUUAUAUCUAAUUAUCGCGAAUCUUUCUAUAUUAUUAAUAUAAGGAGAUUGUAAAAAAGGAAAAGAAAGUUGAUAAGAUUAUUAAUGUAAUAUAUUGAGGUGAGUAAAAGAUAAAAUUUAUUUUAA